AUGUCGAACGAAGCAGUGAUCAUCGAAGCUGAUAGCAACAGCAACAGUGAUUACAGUCUUCAAUUGAAUCGAUGGUUCUUGAAACCGAUCGGUGCAUGGCCAUCGUCUCCAUCCACCACAAGACUAGAAAAGAUAGUUUCAUUUCUUUUAAAGACCAUUUGCUUCAGCACCGUAUUUAUCACUGCGAUUCCCAGUGUACUGCAACUGAUUCUGGAAGAAGAGAGCAUGAACUUGAAAUUGAAGAGCCUAGAUUUCUUGAGUCAUUUAAUCGUCAGUAGUUUUACUUAUAGUGUGUUGUUAUUACACAACAAAGACAUACGACGAUGCAUAGAACACAUGAAAGCUGACUGGCGAGCAGUGACCAGGAAGGAGGAUCAACACGUGAUGAUGAAGAACGCGAAAUUCGGUCGUUACGUAGCAGCUUUCUGCGCAAUUUUUGUACAAGGUAGCGUUUUGUGCUUUUGCUUCGUGACGGCACUAAAUACACUCGAGAUUCAAAUUGGAAACGAGACGAGAAUUUUACACGUGUUACCUUGUGCAGUAUACAAGAAGCUGGUAAACGUCGACGAAAGUCCAACAAACGAAUUCAUGAUUUUCUUGCAAAUUUGGUCUACUUUUAUCGCAAAUUGUAAUACAGUUGGGAUUUUUAGUCUUGCAGCAGUUCUAGCUGCUCACGCGUGCGGUCAGCUAAAUGUUGUUAUGUUAUGGAUUGUUGAAUUUGUCAAUGAAGCCAGAGUAGAGAGGAGAACUGAUGGUUUUAUGAAACUUGGAAUAAUCGUGGAACGACAUCUGAGGACAUUGAAUUUUAUAUCAUAUAUCGAGGGUGUGAUGAAUAAAAUCUGUUUUUUGGAAAUGUUAAGAUGCACGAUGGAUAUAUGUGUAAUUGGCUACUUCAUUGUGUCGGAAUGGGCGGAGCAUGAUGUACGAAAUUUGGCAUCGUAUUCUAUGAUGUUUGUUGCAAUCUGUUAUAACAUUUUCAUACUAUGUUACAUUGGUGAAGUGUUAACGGAGCAGUGCAAGAAAAUUGGCGAAGUCGUCUACAUGACGAACUGGUACUACUUACCCGGUAAAACAAUCCUCGACUUGAUUAUGGUCAUCGCACGAUCAAAUGUGGUCGUUCAAAUCACUGCAGGAAAAUUAGUUCAUAUGUCCGUUUAUACUUUUGGUAGUGUUGUGAAGACAGGUUUCGCAUACUUGAAUCUGUUGCAGCAAAUGACGUAAUAAAAUGGAAUCCUGGAAAAAUAUAUUGUGUUUUUAAUAAUUUAGUAUAUAAAGUACAAAAUAUACGUAAAUAUUGCAUAAAAUUUUGUA